AGGUAAACAAAAUGGCGGCGGCGUGCUAGCUGCGGCGGCAGGAAGGCAAGGAGAGGGCGAGGCGGUUUGACGUAGUGGCAAGAGGGGGGUGAAGGCGAGUAGGCCGCCCGGCAGCAGGCCCCGGGGGAGCCCAGGGUCACUCUCACUCGCCCCCCCCCGGUCAGGCCCCGCGGGGAGGGCCACAAGGAAGGCGCAGCAGCCCCCUCGCCCUCCCCUCAGCCCUGGCCUUUCGGCCUCCCCUUGAUGAGAGGGGGUGGGAGGGAGGUGUGUAGGUGAGGCAGGCAUAAGCAGCUGGCAGCAUAUUUAUUGUUCAGUCUCUUUGGAGAGGAGGCCCUUUCAAGCGUGUGUGGAGAAGGGGGCAUCACUUCUCUUUCUUAUCACUUUGGUGCUUGAGAGGGGGAGCCAUUGACGGGGACCUCUUUUGGGCUGCUUCUGUGGGGGUGGGGGUCUUAGGUACCAAUACAGAGGGAGGGGUGCUAUUGAAAGAGAGCCGCUUCAGUGUGGGGAGAGGUUACGUUAUUAAGGGUGUUGACUGCUUUGGUGGGAGAGUUUAGGUAAGGGAGUAUUAGGAGGACUCUAUUAAGUGAGCCCCCUUAUUCAGGGAGUGUAUCAGUAAGUGAUUCUUUGAGGAGGCAAGGUCGUUCUAGCCCGUUUUUUUCCCUGCUGUUUUUUCUAACUAGGGACAGUUCUCCUGCUCCCCCCCCCCCCCCCGCUGCUGGUGUCCUUCCAUUGGUCAAAAGAGCUGUCAUUUCCCACCCACCCCUUCUGGAGUGGUAGUUCAACCACCCUCACUGCUGUGCCUCCUUCUAGUUGUUAAAGAUCUCAGUCUCUUUGGUGGGGAGGAGGCUGGCACCUUUCCCCUUAUUUUUGCUCUGAUGUGUCUGCAGGCGCACUUGUGAAUUUGGCAGACAAGACCCUUUCAGUAUUCCUGAGAUUCCUUGCUGUCCCCCUGGAUUGGUGCCAUGGGAUGGUAGCAGCAUCCCUUGCUGAGUUGAGACAUGUGAAGGUCCUGUCAAAUGGUGAGGUUGCCUUCCCAUACCGUUGGGGAGAGGGAGCCAAUCUCAACCCUUUAUUAAUACUGAGGAAAAAUUGGUGAUUCAGUGGUGAGAUGGAAAGAAAGAGAAAAUCCCUCUGUCCAUAUUCUUCCUACUUGUUGGACAUUGUUUCCUGAUUACCAGGUUGAAGAACAGCACUGUUGCCUAUAUAAGAAAGAGUCCAGUUUCUAUCAUUCUUUCCCACUCUUUUGCUAAGAAUAGUUUUGUUUGGACUUUGUGUAUUUUUGAACAUUGUGUUGUCUUCCUCUAUUGAAAUGGUAAAGAAUUAUAUGUGGAAGGGUGUGUUUAGAAAUAGACUUCACUUUUAUUAGCCAGGCUUAUUGGGGCCGUCCUUUUCUGAAUAUAUCUGGAGUUGCUAAAAUACAGGAUUGUACCGAGACUGGUACUCUGAGACUAUUUCAAGGUGGUUAGGUACUUUUCGGGAUUGGUGUAAGUCAUUCAAGCGUGCCUUGAGAUAACUUGUUCGAGCCUGUCCCAAUUUCUGGUGUUUAGCUGUGGGAGAAUCAAGUAGGGUUUGCGUUGUCUGCCUGCUUGUCUUGAUACCUGAAGCAGUGGGGUGACACAUCAUGUGUCAAGUAGACCCCAGGUGGUUGAAGGAUGCCCCUGGAAGUGCUUACUAGACACGGCAGGCCUCGAACUUUUGUAAAGGGUGAAAGAGAAGCAGCUAAAAUCAGUAUUGAAAAUUCCUUCAAAGAGACUUGGUUCCAGCUUCCCAACGGCUGAAAGGACCUGUGACAGAAGUCAUACCUAGGUGGUUAGAGUGACAGAGAGUGGCCUGGAUCCUGCAGUUCACAGUUUGGAAUUGGGAUCCUCUGUGACCUGCUAGUAAUGGAAAGUCCUUAAGAGACCCCGGAUGCUGUUUUAAUUUCAAACCUUGGAAAUCUUUUGAAGAUGACUUAGCGCUUGAGGAAGCCAAAAGCUUGGACUUGCUAAGAAGAACAAGCUGGUCUGAAAGACUUGGAGCAGUGGGAGAAGACCAAAAAGUUGAAAGCAGCUUAGGUGAUUCUCCAUUCCGCUGUUCAAAGAGGCACUAUAGUAUUAGGUGGAUGGUUUUGGGCUUAUGGAAACAUCUGGUAGUUUUUUAUCUUACAUUUUAAAUUGAAUAUUCAUACAAUCUUCUGAAAAAUUUCCACUUACCUCUGCUCAUCUCCAUUCUCCACCCCCCCUCGAAUAAUUUGGAUUAAAGGGAGUAUUUGGGGAAAAAUCAGAAACUGGAUUUACAAGCUUUUGGCGCACACGUGUUGGUGGUGGUGGUUGUGUUUGGGAGAAAGAACAGGUUUGCAUAGUUGAUUCCAUGAUGGAUCUGGAGGAGCCCCAGCAGUUGGGCAUGUUCGUUGAGAGUGAACUGAUGUCAGUGGGAAUGGACACUUUCAUCCACCGCAUCGACUCCACAGAAGUGAUCUAUCAGCCUCGCCGGAAACGGGCCAAGCUGAUAGGAAAAUACCUGAUGGGGGACUUGCUUGGUGAAGGAUCCUAUGGCAAGGUCAAGGAGAUGCUGGACUCUGAAACACUCUGUAGGAGAGCGGUCAAAAUCCUGAAGAAAAAGAAGCUGCGUCGGAUCCCUAACGGGGAAGCAAAUGUUAAAAAGGAAAUACAACUGUUACGGCGGUUGCGGCACAAAAACGUAAUCCAGUUGGUCGACGUGUUGUACAAUGAAGAGAAGCAGAAGAUGUAUAUGGUGAUGGAGUACUGUGUGUGUGGCAUGCAGGAGAUGUUGGACAGUGUCCCAGAUAAAAAGUUUCCGGUCUUUCAAGCACAUGGGUACUUUUGUCAACUUAUAGAUGGCUUGGAGUACCUGCACAGCCAAGGGAUUGUCCACAAAGACAUCAAACCAGGGAAUCUCCUGCUAACAACCGAUGGGACGCUGAAGAUAUCUGAUCUGGGUGUGGCAGAGGCAUUGCAUCCAUUUGCCGAGGAUGACAUGUGCCGGACAAGUCAGGGGUCGCCAGCUUUCCAACCUCCAGAAAUCGCCAAUGGCCUUGAUACCUUUUCUGGCUUCAAAGUGGACAUUUGGUCAGCAGGGGUCACUCUAUACAACAUUACAACCGGCCUUUAUCCCUUUGAGGGGGAUAAUAUUUAUAAGUUAUUUGAAAACAUUGGGAAAGGGGAGUACACGAUUCCUGAGGAUUGUGGUCCUCCGCUCUCCGAUCUACUUAGAGGAAUGCUUGAAUAUGAUCCAGCCAAGAGGUUUUCAAUACAACAGAUAAGACACCACAACUGGUUUCGAAAAAAACACGCACAGUCGGAACCUCUGGUCCCCAUCCCUCCCAGCCCAGAGACCAAGGACAGGUGGAGGAGCAUGACGGUGGUCCCUUACCUGGAAGACCUGCACGGCUACAAUGAGGAAGAGGAAGAGGAUGACUUGAAAGAGGAUUACUUGGGGGAUGAGAUCAUCUACACUCAGGACUUCCCGGUACCAGGACAGGUGCCUGAGGAGGAUGCCAGGCAAAAUGGGCAGAGCCGCAGCAGAGGGCUACCCAAGCCGAUGUGCAUGAAUGGAACAGAGCCUGGGCAGUUGAGUGGCAAAAUGAAAGGCGAGAGGCGGGCCAGCGCCACAUCUAACCCCUCCCGCAAGGCUGCCUCCACCAGCAGCAAAAUCCGCAAACUUUCGACCUGCAAACAGCAGUGACUCGGAUGUGCUCACCUGCCACAGCUGGCUCCACACUUCCUGUUGUCCUCAGCCGCCACCAUCCUCGUCUCCAUCUCUGUACCAGUAGGGAAUGAUCCAUAAAACAUGCUUGUAAUCAAAACUUCUUUUAAAAACCAAGGGAAAUCAGAUGUUGGCUCAUGCGCCUUCACCACCUUCAGCGAGUCCUGCUUCGGCAGGAGGAUCCGAUCCUCCUUUCUUGGGCAGAAGUCCCCUCCCCUCCCUGUGUCACCAUUUGGCCAACCAAUACCUGGACUUGUUCUGUGAGCUGUAGUGGGCAAGGGUGAGGAGGUAUGUCCCAUGGGUGAGGGUGAAAUUGUGGGGAGGUGAGGGCCCUUUAUCCCUGCCACCUCCCAUUUUCCCCUCAGUGUGUUAGUUUUUUCGCAAGCCAUUGCCAAGCACUUUACGUAGUAGACUACUGUUAUAUAUUAUAUAUUAUAUAUUUUUCCUUUCUCUCCCCCCCUUUUUGUUGUUGUUUAUAUUUGCGGUAUAUUUAGAGAUUUCCUUACACAUUUGUGAUGUGUUUGAAAUUUUAAAAAAGACACUGAUAGAGGGGGUUUAAGGAAUAAAGCAGGUAUUUAAAAAAAAAAAAGACCACAAUGCUCUGUUAAAACAAAAUCUGCAUGCUGUUCUAAGGGCUGGAGAAAAGGGAAAUGAGUGCUUUUUUUUUUUUUUUAAAGGAAAAUAAACUUAAAAUGGACUUGG